UGGUAAACGUUUCUCAAUCGCGCAUUUACUGUUCAGAUAGCGUUGAGUGUAGACGUGUUCGACGUGCAGAAGAAUUAUCCACACACUCGUUAGCUAUUUUGUUCGUUCGAAUCCUCCUACAAUCGAAAGAAAAACUUCUCAAGCACUCGACCAACAACAAUUUCAUCAGUUUGUAACUUUUUAAAUCGUUGCAGAGAGAAUUCUCAUCACAAAUCCAAAGUGUUGUGUGAUUUUGAAAUGGAAGACCACAUUGCGCAAUCUACGGAGGGAAACUGUUGCAUGAAACCGCGUGAACACCCAUUUUUAGACAUGGACUUCGGCUUCGGGGGGUGUUUAAAAUCAGAAGUUGAAGUAAAAACACAUGAAAACGUAAUGGUAUCUUCCUGUGCCAAUGAAUUGGUGGACGACGAGGUUCGGCGAUCGCGGAAGAGGCGUCACCGACGGGGGAAAAGCGUCCACAAACACCGGUUCUCCAAACACCGACGCGACCUUCUCGCCCGUGCUCUACUACGGGGCGGCAACAACCACAGAGUACUCGGUGCACCACGUAACGAUAACGAUUUCCUCAUGAGUCAGUACAUCGAGGGGCUGCAUGUUGUUGACGAAACACACAAUCCUACAUCCAACGGCCAUCCUAGACUAGCCGACCCAACUAAGUUAGACCCUACCGGUUUCUUCCCCGAGGAUGAUGACAUUCCACGGCAUCAUUUCAGCCCAAACAGCUCGCCCGGGAGUGGGAGUUACAGCCCCACAACCUCUGGAAGUAUCUACUCAGACUACAGCAGUUUACCGAGCUCCCCCGAUGACUUGAACCAUGGAGGCUUGAACCAGUAUGACAAUCCACACCCAACAUCACAACCUCAUGAAGAAGAUGCGGCUGCUAAGGUCGACUCAUACAACAGAGGCAUCGUCAUAGAUGGGACGGAUGCAGAUUUCCUGCAGAGAAACUUUGAAGAGGAGUACAACAACAACAUCACCAGGGGUCUUCAAGAAGCAACGAAAGAAGAACUCAUCUCCAAAUGCAUGAAGUUGACGGAGAAGCUGAAACAGUUGGAGCAGAGAAAGGUCUUGAGAUUGAUCCCGUCGGAUGUCUCGAGAGAGCCCCGAUUCUCCUGCUAAGAAGACUCCACAGAGGAUUUGUUGUCAAGUCUUUUGGGAAAUCUCUGCUGAUAGAAAUGGACAGACUUGAAAGAGUUGGGUUUUGUGCAAGAACGAACAUCAGUUGCUGCUCAACCUUGCUUGCAAGAAUGUGAGAACUGCAUCAUCAUCUCCGUGGCAACGCAGGGCUGCUUCGACCUGUCUGGGACUGCUCAUACUGUUGACCUCAUUAGGUCAUCUGGGUGAGAACAGAGUUCCAGGUGGUGAUGGAUGAGACAUUUGAUCUGGUGACGGAGUCAGUCGUGCUAAAACGGUACAUCAGUUUGACCCUCCUCUGUAAAAGUUGUUGUUAUUAUGUUAAUCGCUCACAAUUAAAGGCCCUGGACACCAUUGGUAAUUACUCAAGAUAAUUGUUCGCAUAAAAACUUACUUGGUAAUGAGCGAUGGA